GUCAAAAAUCACUCACAAUUUUGAGGGACCAGACAGAUCGCAGGUCCAACAUGGCCUCGUUCAUGCAUGCAGCUGUCUCCAUCCUGCUGCUGUCCACACUAACCUCAGCGCAGAUGAGAGGAGACUUUUCUCCAACGCAAGACAUUUGUAACCCAAACGAUGGGUUUGGGGUGUACUGCCCAACCACAUGUGGAGUUGCUGAUUACCUACAGAGGUACGCGCCUGAUAUGGACAGAGAGCUGGAUAAAAUGGAGCAGGAUUUGGAGGAUAUCUUCAACCUUACCAGAGGAGCGCAGGACAAAGUGGUCUACCUGAAGGACUCACAUACACAAGCACAAAAACAAGCACCAGAUACAUACAUCAAAAAAUCUACAAGCAUGCUUGAUGAUAUACUGCGAUUUGAGAAGAGCAUUCUCGCUCAGGAAGAUCAAAUAUAUCAGCUGCAGUCAAUCCUUCAGGCUAACGAAAAAAGAAUAACAGAUUUAAAGCAGAUGUCCCAACAGCUGGACCAGAUGUGCAAAGAGCCCUGCAAAGACACUGUGGAGAUUCAGACAGUCACGGGCAAAGAUUGUCAGGAGAUUGCAAACAAAGGUGCUAAGGUCAGUGGGCUCUACUAUGUGAAACCAGCCAGGGCUCCAGAGGCGUUCUUGGUCUACUGUGAGAUAGACAGCUUUGGACGUGGAUGGACUGUCCUUCAGAGGAGACGGGAUGGCAGUGUCGACUUCAACAAACAAUGGAUUCAGUAUAAGGAAGGCUUUGGGUACCUCUCACCAGACGACAGAACUGAGUUCUGGCUGGGGAAUGAGAAGAUACAUCUGUUGUCUGUUCAGUCCAAUGUGCCUUAUGUGCUGAGGAUAGAGAUGAUCGACUGGGAAGGCAACAAAAAGUAUGCCGACUACGCCACUUUCAAGCUCGGACCAGAAAUCGAUGCAUACCGCUUGACGUAUGCGUAUUACUUUGGUGGCGACGCUGGCGAUGCCUUUGAUGGUUUCGACUUCGGCGAUGAUCCCAGUGACAAAUUCUACACGUCUCACAAUGGCAUGCAGUUCAGCACACCUGACAAAGACAACGACAAGUACAAUGAAAACUGUGCCAAGGAUGAAGGGUCCGGCUGGUGGAUGAACCGAUGCCAUGCCGCUCAUCUCAAUGGAAAAUACUACCAGAGUGGCAAGUACACGGAGAAGGACUCGCAGAAUGGAUAUGACGAUGGCAUUAUUUGGGCCACGUGGCACAGUCGCUGGUAUUCUCUGAAGGAGACCACCAUGAAGAUCAUUCCCAUCAACAGAAUCGCUGCCGGAGGCCAGGAAAGCGGUUCCAAGCAGUUCGGAGGCCUGGGAGACAUUUAAAGACCUCACCAAAGCUGCUCUGAGCUAUCAUUUUGCUUGGGAACAACAUAACCAAGGCGUUUCUACAAGAGAGUAAACACCCGUUUGUCAGUUUCUGGUGUUUUCUGUUCUAUACACAUUAAUUAGAAUAAAACAAAAGCUUCAUGCAUGAGUCAUACUGGUCAAUUUUUACAACUUUAGCUGAUCCAAAACAUCACACUGUCAAUGAAUAAAUAAAAUCCUCUGUCUUUUGUAAAUUAAAA